AUGACCGUUCGCCACCGUCUCCUCUCUAUCCUCGCCGCAUUCUCUCUCUUCCCCAUCCUCGCCACCCCAAUCAACCUCAUCACCGGAUCCCAAUUCCUCACCGUCGACCGGACCCUCGUCUCCGCCGGCCAGGAGUUCGAGCUCGGGUUCUUCCCCUCCGCCCAGUCGAACGGAACCUGGUACGUCGGAAUCUGGUACAAGAAAAUCCCGGAAAGAACCGUCGUCUGGGUCGCCAACCGGGACGCCCCCCUCCGGAGCUCGUCGGGGUCUCUGAGACUCGAUGCCGGCGGCAAUCUGGUCCUCCUCGACGGGGAACGGUCAAUCUGGUCAACGGGUAAUCCGGGAAUGGCCGCGGACGCCGUCGCCGAGCUUCUCGACACCGGAAACCUCGUCCUCCGCAGCCGCACUGCUCCGGCGGGCGACUACCUGUGGCAGAGCUUCGACCACCCAACCGACACGCUGUUGCCCGGAAUGAAACUAGGCUGGGACGCCAAAUCGGGCCUCAACCGCAACAUCACCUCGUGGAGAGCCGCCGACGACCCGUCGACCGGCCACUACACCUUCCGGCUGAACACCAGCGGGUUCCCGGAGAUCUUCCUAUCGGACGGUCGUUCCGUGGUCUACCGGAGCGGGCCGUGGAACGGGCUGAGGUUCAGCGGCGUCCCCGAGAUGAACGCCAGCCCGCUGUUCUCCUUCGUGUUCGUCGCCGGGCCGGAGGAGGUGUACUACACGUUCCGGCUGAACGAGAGGUCCGUCUACUCGCGGCUGGUCGUCAGCCACGCGGGGGCCAUCCGGCGGUACACAUGGGCCCCGUCGAUCGGGCUCCGGUGGAACCUGUUCUGGUACGCGCCCAAGGACCAGUGCGACGGCUACAGGGCGUGCGGGGCCCACGGGAUCUGCGACGCGAGCGCGUCGCCGGUGUGCCGGUGCCUGACCGAUUUCCGGCCGAAGGACGAGCUGGCGUGGGGGCUGAGGGACGGGUCGGGCGGGUGCGUGAGGGAGGUCGAGUUGGACUGCCGGUCGGACGGGUUCUUGAGGAUGGGGAACGUGAAGCUGCCGGAGAGCGGGGCGGCGGUGGUGGACCGGGCGGCGAGGCUGGACCGAUGCCGGGAGAUGUGCCAUGGGAACUGCAAGUGCAGGGGGUACGCGAGCGCCAACAUCAGCGGCGGCGGAGGGGGGAGCGGGUGCGUGAUGUGGGCGGGGGAUCUGUACGACAUGCGGCAGUACGCGGCGGCGGAGGGCGGACAGGAUUUCUACUUGCGGGUGCCCGCCGCUGAUUUAGCUGCCGGCUCUGGAGAUCAUUUGAACAAGGCCGGAAAAAUUAUCGAGAUUGUGGGGAUUUCUGCAGGGAGUUUUCUCUUUGCAGUAGCCAUUUUCUUUGUAUGGAAGAGAAGAAAAUCAAAAAAAGCUUCAAUAGGAAAUUCCUAUGAGCAAAGAGGUCCAAGGGAAAGAAGUCGAGACCUUCUAAUGAAUGCAUCAACUAUACCGAGCAAACAAGACCACUCGGGUGAAAAUGUAACAGACGAGCUCGAUUUACCAUUGUUCGAUAUCAGCACUUUAAUAACCGCCACAAAAACAUUCUCGGACUCGAACAAACUCGGACAAGGUGGCUUUGGCAGUGUUUACAAGGGUGUGCUGGAAGGUGGUCAGGAGAUAGCAGUAAAACGGCUAUCGCAAAAUUCCGGUCAGGGAUUAGAUGAAUUCAUGAACGAAGUGAAAUUGAUCGCUCGACUUCAGCACAGGAAUCUCGUUCGUUUGCUCGGCUGCUGUGUAGAUAUGGAGGAGAAAAUGUUGAUAUAUGAAUAUAUGGAAAACAAAAGCUUGGAUUCUAUUUUGUUCAAGAAGGAAAAAAGAUCGAUGCUCGACUGGCCGAAACGGUUCGACAUUAUAUGUGGUAUUGCACGAGGGCUUCUCUAUCUUCACCAGGACUCGAGAUUUAGGAUUAUUCACCGGGAUUUAAAAGCUAGCAACGUUCUUCUUGAUAAAGAAAUGCACCCGAAGAUAUCAGAUUUCGGCAUGGCUAGAAUUUUCGGAGGAGAUCAAACCGAAGCCAGCACGAAAAAAGUUGUGGGAACUUAUGGUUAUAUGUCCCCGGAGUAUGCAAUGGACGGCCUCUUCUCUGUAAAAUCCGAUGUUUUCAGCUUCGGAGUUUUGGUUCUGGAGAUUGUGAGUGGGACCAAGAACAGGGGAUUUUAUCAGACAAAUAAUGAGCUUAAUCUUCUAGCAUAUGCAUGGAAGUUAUAUAGAGAAGGUAAAGGGCUCGAGCUAAUGGACUCGUCGGUAAAGGGUGGACCCUACUCGGUGAGUGAAGUCAUGAGAUGCAUACAAGUCGGGCUUUUGUGCGUUCAAGAACAUGCGGACGAUAGACCAAAUAUGUCAACCAUAUUAUUGAUGUUAAGCAGCGAUAUUGGGUCCAUACAAGAGCCUAAGCAUCCCGGCUACUGUUUAGGAAGACGGCCGAUCGAGAAUGAGUCAUCCUCGAGCAGGCAAGACGAGACGUUCACCGUGAAUGAAGUCACCGUGACCAUGCUCGAAGCUCGAUAG